CAAUUAGGAGGGAAAUGUUUUUAUUCAGCAGCUACCCCAAAUUACUGUAACAGUUUGAACUCACUGUGCAGGGUGUAGAGUGAAUUCUGAAUGAGUGUCCAGUUCAGGGCUUUUAUGGGAAGAAUGAGAAGCAAAGAGUUUUCCCCCCACAGACCCAAGGAAAUUCCCAAGGUCAUACUGAGGUUUCUGUACAAUUCUUAACAAUGUUUAUCUGUUACUUCUAUUUUACUUUUUGCCAGCCUGACUGUCUGUAUAUUGGGCUGAAACUGUGUGUCCUUUCCCAUCCAGUAGCUCUUGCCCUGAAGUUCUCUGCCGCCUUGUUGGAGAAGCUCUCCUGAGACAUGCAAAUAUCAAGUAAAAAACAAUUAGACAAAAAUCUGUUUCCUGCUGAUCCAGCUGGGAAGAGAACAGUGAACACAUCCCAAGGAGGCCACACCUGAACCUGUGCCAGCACUACCUGGGGUUUCCUGUUUGUAGCACGGGAUCAUCCGUCACCAGGAUCACACCGCCGUCAUGUCCAAGGCAAAGAGCUCCGAGUCCGUGCGGGUGGUCGUGCGCUGCCGGCCCAUGAACAGCAAAGAGAAAACUGCUUCCUAUGAAAAAGUUGUCAAUGUGGAUGUCAAGUUAGGGCAGGUCUCAGUGAAGAAUCCACGGGGAUCAUCUCAUGAACUGCCUAAAACAUUCACCUUUGAUGCUGUGUAUGACUGGAAUUCCAAACAGGUCGAGCUCUACGAUGAGACCUUCAGACCUCUCGUGGACUCUGUUUUGCAAGGGUUUAAUGGGACAAUCUUUGCCUAUGGGCAGACUGGGACAGGGAAAACAUAUACGAUGGAAGGGGUGCGUGGUGAUCCCGAAAAGAGAGGGGUCAUCCCCAAUUCGUUCGACCACAUCUUCACCCACAUCUCUAGAUCUCAAAAUCAGCAAUACUUAGUUAGAGCGUCUUAUUUGGAAAUAUACCAAGAAGAAAUCAGAGACUUGUUAUCAAAGGAUCAGUCCAAGCGGCUGGAGUUGAAGGAGAGACCAGACACAGGGGUUUUUGUAAAGGAUUUGACCACCAUUGUUACGAAAAGUGUCAAAGAGAUAGAGCACAUCAUGAAUUUGGGCAACCAGAACCGCUCCGUUGGUGCCACCAACAUGAACGAGCACAGCUCUCGAUCUCACGCCAUUUUCCAGAUCACUAUUGAGUGCAGCGAGUUGGGACUGGAUGGAGAGAACCACAUCCGUGUUGGGAAGCUCAACCUGGUCGACCUGGCAGGCAGUGAGCGGCAGGCAAAGACUGGAGCACAGGGGGAGAGGCUGAAGGAAGCCACUAAAAUCAAUCUCUCCCUCUCAGCUUUGGGCAACGUCAUCUCUGCCCUGGUAGAUGGGAAAAGCACGCACAUUCCGUACCGGGACUCCAAGCUGACCAGGCUGCUUCAGGACUCAUUAGGUGGCAAUGCCAAAACUGUGAUGGUGGCCAAUAUAGGCCCUGCCUCCUACAAUGUAGAGGAGACACUGACCACACUGAGAUAUGCCAACCGUGCCAAAAACAUCAAGAACAAGCCACAAGUGAACGAGGAUCCUAAGGAGGCUCUGCUGCGGGAGUUCCAGGAAGAGAUUGCUCGACUCAAGGCACAGUUGGAAAAACGGUCUAUUGGCAAAAGAAAGAGGAGGGAAAGGAGGAGGGAGGGUGGGGAAGAGGAGGAGGACACUGAAGAGGGUGAGGAUGAAGGAGAUGACAAAGAUGACUAUUGGAGGGAGCAACAAGAAAAGCUGGAGAUUGAGAAGAGAGCUAUAGUUGAGGAUCACAGCUUGGUAGCAGAAGAAAAGAUGAGGCUACUGAAAGAAAAGGAGAAGAAAAUGGAGGACCUGAGGCGAGAGAAAGAAGCAACAGAGAUGCUGAGUGCUAAAAUCAAGACAAUGGAAAGCAAGCUGCUGGUGGGAGGGAAAAAUAUUGUGGAUCACACAAAUGAACAGCAGAAAAUCCUGGAACAGAAACGACAGGAAAUUGCAGAACAGAAACGUCGGGAGCGAGAAAUCCAGCAACAGAUGGAAAGUCGGGAUGAGGAAACACUAGAGCUGAAGGAGACCUAUAGUUCUCUUCAGCAAGAGGUGGACAUAAAGACCAAAAAACUCAAAAAGUUAUUUUCCAAACUGCAAGCUGUGAAGGCAGAGAUCCAUGAUCUCCAAGAAGAGCACAUCAAGGGGCGCCAGGAAAUGGAACAGACCCAGAAUGAACUCACCAGGGAACUAAAGCUGAAACACCUGAUUAUUGAAAACUUUAUUCCCUUGGAAGAAAAGAAUAAGAUUAUGAACAGAUCAUUCCUUGAUGAAGAGGAAGACAACUGGAAACUACAUCCCAUAACCCGUCUGGAUAACCAGCAGAUGAUGAAAAGACCAGUAUCUGCUGUGGGAUACAAAAGGCCCCUGAGCCAACACGCGAGGACAUCCAUGAUGAAUUACACAGAGGCUCGGUACAGGGCAGAGAACAUCGUGUUACUGGAACUGGACAGGCCCAGCCGGACAACGAGGAACUAUGAAGGUCCAGCCAUUGCUCCCAAGGUUCAGGCAGCUCUGGAAGCAGCUCUGCAGGAAGAAGAUGAGAUUCAAGUGGAUGCCUCAACCUUUGAGAGCACUUCAAAUAAAAAAUCUAAACCCAGACCGAAAACUGGAAGGAAAUCACUGGGAUCCGCAUCAGGAUCAGGCACCCCCAGUUCUCAGCUCUACCCACAGUCACGAGGGCUGGUUCCAAAAUAAAACCAGCAACGCCUCUCCAGGGAGGGAACAGCCUUUACCUUCUGGGAGCAGAGACAAGGACAAACCUGCAGAGAGAGCUCCUGGCCAGCCUCC